CAAUACAAUACUUGGUAGACACAAACUACUCAUCUCUUAGGUCUGAGCCACUUUGUAUUAAACUAUGAAGAGUAUUGCCUUUGUUUUUGGAGCUGCUUCUCUUGCAUUAUGUUUGGAAGCAUUAUGGCAACAAGGAAACAUAUGGAUCAGAUUAGCAUGUGAGCUUUUAAUGUCUCAGGAAGACCUGUCUAAUUGAGUAGUGGCAUGAUGAUUAGAAAGAAACAAAUGAUCAUGUGAGUGGUGGUCAUACUGCUCAACCACAAAUUAGGAGACUUGUCUAUUUCUUGGUAUACAAUUAGGGAAUCAUCCAUAAGAAAGCCUAAAUUAGUCAAUCAGUUCCAUUGAUUCUGUUUUGAUCCUUCAUUGAUAGAAGUAUCCUUUUUUCAAGUUUAAUUUAGCUUUGAUGCUUUUUCUUUUUUAUAUUUGCUCAUCUAGAUUUUGGUUCAUCUUCUUACUUCUCCCCACCAGAAUCAAGAACAAGGCAAGAGGAUUACAUUACAGGUUGAGAGAUGGAGAGAGGUGGAGCUCAAAAAGAAGACAUGAGGCAGGGGUGGUCAUGCAUCAGGUUGGCUGUGGAGGAGCUGUCCUUGUUCAAGCCCGAGGAGAAGAAGAUGUCCACCUUGGCCUUUCUGGGCGCCUCUAAUCUGCUCCUCCAUGUCCUUGACAAGAUUGGACCAACAAUGAUGGUGCUAAGGCGAGACAUACUACGAAAUAUCGAGAGACUGGAAGAGACAUACAUGUUGGAUCCAAAUCUGUAUUCAAGUUUGGAAGAGAUAGUGCAGAAAGAGGUGGUGGGUGAAGGUUCUGCAAGACAAGAUGAUAGCUGUUGCAGAUCUAUCCUAUGGCUUGCGAGGUCGAUAACUUUCAGCUUAACUUUGUUGGAUAAGUUAGAUAAGAACCCUGAGUCAAGCCUCGAACAAGUGGUGGAAGAGACCUACAAUGGCACAUUGAAGCCAUGGCAUGGUUGGAUAUCCUCAGCUGCUUACAAGGUGGCCAUCAAGCUCGUUCCGGGGAGAGAAAUGCUCAUCGGAUUGCUGAUGGGCCAAGAACAAGAUUACAAUGACCUGAAACAAGACAUCAAGAAGUAUGCCUCAGUGAUCCAGCCUCUUCUGGAUGACACACACCAACUCUUGAGAACGCAUGAAUUGGACAGGCUGAAGUCUGCCUGAUGGUUGAGUUUGAUGAUGCGUAUGCCUCACAUGAUGUAAGAACAGAGUGUACAUUGCUGCUUGCUUAGAAGAAAGAAUGUAGCCUACUAUCACGAAAUAACAGCAGGUUUCAUCUCUCUCUCUCUCCCUCAUCACAACCAAACAUGAGAUCGUAGUACGUGGUGGCGUUGCACGUCGUCUGGACGAGGCUGGGGGUAUUGGUGGAGAGGGAGAAGACGGGGAAGACAGAGGAAGAAGAUGAAGGGAAGAGUAGAAGCCGUGCAUGGAUUUAGAGCAGUGCAGUGCAUGCAUUGUUCCUGUCCGGUGGUAGCACGUGAACCGACGGAGGCCGGCAUGGACUCGUCCGACUCGUUCGUCGGACUCGGCAACGGUGAGUCGUAUGUGGCCUGUUUCCGAACUCAUCGGAUUCGGAUCCGGAUCCUUCACCGUCGCAGUGCGGACCGUCCAUUAAGAUGUCCUUGAGACAAGUCAAACACCCGUUAUAAUGACCGCAAUCGAUCGACGGGCGUCGAUGCUGCGGGGCGGCGGCGGAGGAGAUGGCGAGGAGCACGGCCCUAACGCGGUUCAGAGAUGAGGACAGUGACCGGUGCGAGAAAAGUGGUGGGGCGCGGUGGUCCAUAGGGAUCACGAGGGAGGCCGAAGAGGGAGGUGGGCCUCGCUUGGAGGAGGAGGAGGAGGAGGAGGAGGAUGAGACGUUGUCGAUGGCGUGCGUGCGUGCAUGCCUGUCAUUUCACCAUCAGAAAGAGGAGGAUGAGCAGGACAAGAUGAUGAAGAAGAAGAAGAUGGUAUCACAAGGCAUGCAAAUGGCAUUUCCAUGCAGCAGUAAUUUGGAGACUUCCCCCUCACUGUAAUUUUUGUUACAGGAAAAGGAUAGAAGGAGACAACCUUUCCCUGCACAAGUAGAUGUAAUUUGUUUGACUUCAUCUUGAACACCUUCGAUGUGAUGAG